CAGUCAUUCACUCAUCAGACCUGCUGCUUCUUCCACAGACGACAGAAAUGGCUUCUCUCCUUCUCUUCUCUCUGUUCAGCCUGAUCUCAGGUGUUUCAGGUGUCUUCGUCAUUCUAGGAGACACUUUUGAAUUUCCAAAAACUGCAAGCUGCCAGAAAAAGGGAGCCCAGCUGUGGCACCCACUGGACUCUUCCCGUAAUGUCCUGGUGGCUCGAUGGGACGGUGUUUGGAUCCCGAGUCAGUACUACGAGGACAGGAUCGACCUGAACGCGUCGGUGGUCUUGAGGAACAUAAACUUCAACGACAACGGGCUGUUCGAGUUUAGCUGUGAGGAGGCACCGACCCAGCUGGACGUUGUCAGAGCCUCUGAAGUGUCAGUGAGCGCAGGUGGAGCUGUCAGCUUCUCCUUCUUCUACGUCACCUCAGGAGCGCAGGGGAUGUUCAGGCUGGACAGAAACAGGGAGACAGUGUGUGAGCUGGACCUGUCCUCCGGGACCAUCACAGAUGGGACCGGCUCUGAGGAGAGAUUCUCUCUGCCCUCUGAUUGGAGGAGACGCGGAGACCUGACUCCGACCCUGCAGCGGGUGAAGCCGGAGGACCAGGGGGAUUACUUUGCAUAUGUGGAGGGAAACGAUGGGAAGAGAAGAGGUCUCUCUGCCUGGAGGGUCAAGGUCCUGGAUCAAGACCCGGAUCAGACCACCGCCACACCUGGACCUGCUGAUGAGAUGACGGACAAUCGGUCACACCUGGACUCACCUCUGAAUAGAACCUCUGGAGGAGGGAUGGAGACUUGGAUCACUGUCAGCAUCACAGCAGCUGUGACGUCUGCGCUUUGGGCUCUUUGCUGCUUUUCAGUUUGGUGGCUGAAGUUCCGCAGACCAAGUGGACAACAUGUGUCACCUGAACCUGAUGGUGGAGAACUGAACCUGGGACUUCUGACCAAUGGGAAUCCUGCUGGGCCUCAAACCAACGGGGUGGUCAAAGUCCAGAAUUUGAUUCAAUCAACAAAAAAAAAACAAAUGGAAUCAACAGCCACCACUUAAAUCCAUCAAAUACUGACUGCAGUUUGAUGCCAUGCCCAGAAAGUAUAAAGUUUUGGCCCAGAAUAUUUGACACAUGACCAAAAGUUUAUGAUGUAAUAAUAAGUCCAAACCUGCCAGUGUGUCUCUGAUUCCUGUGGCGUUGUUUUGAUGUAUCUUGACAUUUUUAAUGAUAUAUCUUUAACUUUAAAAAAGGCACAUUUUAUUCAGAAUUCUCCAUAUUUCCAUGACAUUGUGCUGUCCUGACUCUGUUUUUCUGUUUUUAUAACUUCUGGUGUUGAUGCUCAAUAA